AUGUCCUCAAAUCGGAAUCCUAACACUAGCAACUUCGCCUUCCCGCCCCACGACCAGGCCCAAAAGAUGGCCCAAAAUGGUGGCCAGCAGAGUAGCCAGGGGAUAUUUGGAAAAAUGGACCCGACCAAGCAGAAUAUGCCCUCCAAGAGUGGUCUGUCUGGAGGCGGGUUCACGGCUAAUAGCCAGACGGCGCAGGAUAGUCAACGACGGGGUUCGAGACAGGCGUAUAUGUUUGAUGAGUCGGAGAUGCCGGAAGAUUGA